GGUUUCUCUGCAACAACCUGCACCGACUUUCUUUAAUCUUCUCGUCUUUUUCUGCUUGAAGCAAUGCCUCGAGAAAAUAGCUUCGACGAUGAAGCGCGCUCCCUCACCCCCGACCUCGAAGACGAACUCGAACGGGAACGGAACUUCGCGAGUAUGCAAGAGGCUCUCGACGCACCAGGUCCUUCACCCAUACGCCAGAACCCACCACAAUCGCUCCCCAACCUCGUAACAUCCAUUUCACGGUCUUCACAUCAUGUUGCAUCACCUAUCUCCGUCACAUCACCCAGCAAGAGCCUCAAAAGCCACAAGAGUCAACCCACUCGGACGUCGCGGGCUACGCGUCCCCCAAUGCCUCACCAAAUGACUCCAAAGGAUAGGUUCAGGUCGAGUGUAAAGAAGGUCAUACAGAUGAAGAGAAUGUCGAGUUUCAUGACCACCGGAAGGAUAGGCGCUGAACCUGGUGUCGACCCACGGAGGAACAGCGCGUACAUUAACUAUGGUCACAUCCGUCAGAAAUGCUUGAUUGAUAUAAUAGACUAUUCCGCGACGAGGGCCAGCUUUGGUCGCAUGACGAAUGGAGAGUUCGUCAAGUUUUUGGAAAACCCAGAAGCAAGUGCGAGAGAUCCUUGGGUGAAGGUGCGGUGGAUCAAUGUCGGCGGCGUUAGCUGGGACGUUGUUAGCGCUAUAGCUCUCAAGUACGACCUUCACCCUCUUGCCCUCGAGGACGUCCUUCACGACCGUCACCAUGCUCGUUCCAAAGCAGACUACUUCCCCCAACACCUGUUCCUCCGGGUCCUCUGCCAUACCGUUGGCGCUACGCGUAACGAGGACCUUUCGCUAUCGCGGUCCACCUCGUCACAGACACAGAACUUUUCCACGGCUUCUUCGAACGGAACCUUGGUCAACCCCCUGCGGACCUCAUCACCGGAGCCACUAGAUGAUGAGCUCGGUAUUGAGGGCCACGAUGCUAGUCAUGGCUUCGGUGGUGAUGAUCCCAUGGACUAUGACAUGGAUCGUUUCGAUGAACCGAAGAAAGUUGGGAGAGGGUUCGGUGGUAGGUUUAAGAAGCGUGACGCUGAGGCUGGUAGAAAAUGGUCGACUCCUCUUAUGGUGCAUUUGGGGAGCGUUAUUAUUCCCUGGCAUAUCACUGAUGAUGUCUUCCUCGUACAGGCAGCAAGGCGGCGCAAGGAUGACACUGCCCUUCUUACUCUGGACGAGCUGAAAAAGCGCGAUCGAGUGAAUGUACGCACUGCGCCGAUGUGUGUAUUUCUAUUCCGAGACGGAACCGUGAUAUCCAUUCAUCCCGACCCGAACCUUGACUUCACUUCGCCUAUCUCUUCCCGUAUCCGUCAACGAGACACGACUCUUCGUUCCUCCGCAGACGCAUCGUUACUUGUAGAAAGUCUACUGGAUCUUAUUGUCGAUCAGGCUCUGGAAGUCGUCGAUGAAUACCAUGACAAGAUCAACGUGCUCGAACGGGAGAUCCUCAUGAAACCUAAGGUCAAGAACGUCCGAGAUCUCCACAUCCUCUCCGGUGACCUGAUCCUCUACAAGCGCACCCUUGGACCCGUCAAGACCGUCAUAUAUGGUCUCCGCCGGUACGACGUCGACCGCUGUGCAGCCCUCAUCGACGAUUCGUCCUCGUCAGCCGCCAAUCCUUCUCCGAGAGUGGUUGGGUUCAUGAGCCACAAGUCGAAGAUCUAUCUGGCGGACGUGUACGAUCAUAUGGACCAUGUGAUGACGAGCUUGGACAUGUACGCCGCGAUGAGCGAGAAUCUGAUCAAUUAUACAUUCAAUAUGGCUUCGUAUGAGACGAAUGAGGUCAUGCGGCGGCUCACGCUGGCAACUAUCAUCUUCUUGCCACUCACCCUGCUCACCGGAUACUUCGGAAUGAACUUCGACUCCAUGUGGAGCAUUCAACACGGGCAUACCGAUCUUGUAUUCUGGAUCAUCGCGCUGCCGGUCAUGGCCAUCGUUGUCCCGAUCUUCAUAGCUCCGGACUUGACGCGCAUCUGGCAUUAUAUGAGGAAGAAGUGGCUCGUGAGGGGAAUCACAAGGGAUUUCAAGCGCGAGUAAACGAACUCGUCAUCGUGGCCCCCUAGUGACCUUCCGCUUUUCUGCUAACGACACUUACGACGACGGACUAUAUAUAUCUCAAACACGGCAGUAGCGCACGUAUAUAGAGGGAAACUACCAUACCAUGCUCGGUUUAAUGUAUCAUACCAUAUGCAUCUACAGCUCUGGAGUGUAUCGGUUACCAACCUACUUAUUUCCUGUUACAUACGUACGGGUUUCAUUUGCUCCAGAUUACUGCUUUUCUCGGAUUGCUGCAUGGACUAUAGACUUUUGAUUCUUAUUGAUAUACGGACAGUGUACUGGUUGCUUAGCUGUUGAGUGUGUGUGCUGGUGCUGUUGGUGUUGCACGUUGGCGUGGAGUGAGACUGUGUUAUGGUGAUAUAUUUGGUCGUCGAGGUUGAACGUUGA